CCAUGAGUGUUGAAGAGCUUAAAGCUAUAGGGAAUUCUGCCUUUUCUGCUAAGGAUUACGCCAAAGCCGUUGAUUAUUUUUCCAAGGCUAUUGAACUUGCCCCGGACAAUCAUAUUUUAUAUAGCAAUCGAUCGGCUUGUUACGCUUCUUUAGGUAGUUAUGAUCUUGCUUUGACAGAUGCCAAUAAAACAAUUGAAUUAAAGAAGGAUUGGUCAAAGGGAUAUUCUAGAAAAGGUGCUGCUUUAGCUUAUCUUAAUAAAUACGAUGAAGCUGUUGAAGCCUACAACGAAGGACUUAAGUAUGACCCUCAAAGCGAGCUAUUAAAAAAAGGCCUUGAAGAUGUUCGACGUCAGAUAAGUGAUUCUAAUCCUUUUACUCAACUUGGCAAUCUUCUUAAUAAACCUGAAGUCUGGUUAAAAAUUUCCACUGCGCCUUCUCUAGCAAAAUACAAAAGUGAUCCGAGCUUUAUUAAUAAAGUUCGUAUGAUUCAGUCGGAUCCCAAGCUUUUGAGUUCAUAUCUUUCUGAUCCCGGAAUUAUGGCUCUUUUGUCGGAAUUAAUGGGCUUCCAUAUGCCCACCGCUGAGGACGAAAAAGAAAAUUAUGAAAAGGAAAGCAAUAAAGACAAUGAAAAAAAGGAGCCUGAAAAGUCUGAACCUGAAAUUGUUGAGGAUGAAAGUGAAGAAACACGUGCUAGAAAAAAUGCUCUUGAAGAAAAAGAAAAGGGUAAUAAAGCCUAUAAAAAGCGAGACUUUGAGGCGGCUAUUUCUCACUACCAGAAAGCUACUGAACUGGACCCCAAUAAUUGCAUCUAUUAUUCCAACUUGGCAGCUGUUUACUUUGAGAUGAAAGAAUACGCAAAAUGCAGGGAAAUUUGCGAAAAGGCUAUUGAAGUUGGACAGGACAAUUACGCCGACUUUUCAGUGAUUGCAAAAUUGUAUUUGCGAAUGGGAAACGCAUAUCUUAAAGAAGACAACUUAGAAGAAGCCGUUAGAAUGUUCAACAAAUCGCUUCUCGAAAACCGCACUAAGGAGGCACUUACGAAACUCAGAGAGACAGAAAAUUUGUUGAAGGAGCGAAAGGAAAAAGAGUAUAUCGACCCAAAUAUUUCAUUGGAGGAGAAAGCCAAAGGAAACGAAUUUUAUGCCAAUGGCAAACAUCCGGAAGCUGUCAAAUGCUACACUGAAGCCAUUCGCAGGAAUCCCAAGGACCACGUGCUGUACUCUAAUAGGGCGGCCGCUUUAAUGGCUCUUGGCGAGUUUCCCUCUGCGUUAAGGGAUUGUGCAAAAUGUCUUGAGCUGAAGCCCGACUUUGUGAAGGCAUUGAUUCGUCAGGGCCGCUGUUAUUUUACCAUGAAGGAGUACACGCUCUCCUUUGAGGCAUACGAAAAGGCGCUGAAAGUGGAUAAGAACAAUGAGGACGCCAUUUACGGCUGCCAACGGGCUCUCAUGAUGAUGCAAGCGCAGCAACAGCAACAGCAGCAGCAGGCCGAAGGCAAAUAGCAGCCUGACUUUUUGUAC